AUGGGUGCACACUGCACUGUGCUCGUGGUUGAGAUGAGUGAGCUCAGCAAACCCGAGGAAGACCUUCAGGACCCAGGCAAGGCCCAGGGCCCUGUCGAGGUGCCGCUCUUGGCUGAGGUGGGGGUGGCUGCAUCGCACUUGGCCUCCGAUGUCCUAGCAUCCUCCUCCAAUAAUGUGGAGGCCCUGCCGCAAGAAAUCCUGGAUGGGAUGAUGGGUAACCUGCUGAAGUUCCUGCUCUUCAAUGAAGUUUCAGAGUGCCUGAGGCUGGUCUUUGGUGUGGAGAUAAAGGAGGUGGACCGCAAGGAGCACAUCUACACCUUGGUCCCCACCCUGGGCCUCACCUGCGAUGAGAUACUGAGAGACAGGGAGGGCCUGCCCAAGGCCGGCUUCCUGGCACUGGUCCUCAGCGUGAUUAUGCUGUGUGGAGAACCGGCCCCUGAGGAGGCCGUCUGGGGAGCACUCAGCAGGAUGGGGGUGUAUGUUGGGAGGGAGCACUGUGUCUUUGCGGAGCCCAGGGAGCUGCUGACCCGAGUGUGGGUGCAGGAGGGAUACCUGGAGUACCAGCAGAUGCCUGACAGCCACCCUGCUCACUAUGUGUUCCUGUGGGGUCCCCGGGCCUAUGUGGAGACCAGCAAGUGGCAAGUCAUGGCAUUUAUGCUCAGGGUUAAUGAAAGGGAUUUGAGGGCCUUCCCAUUUCUGAGUGCAGAGGAUGCGAGGGAGGAGGAAUAG